CAUGGCGGUGUGUUGGUGGCUGUGAUGGGAGACGGGAAUUUUGAUAGCAAUGAGUUGUUUGUUUAUGUUAUUUAUUCGUUAGAGAUUUAAAAACAGUAGUGACAAACAAAGAUAAAGACGUAUUGUUCUAAUCGAUAAUCAUUUCACCACAGCGGGAGUGCAAUUUGGUGCUUUCUUUUAUUUUGUUUGUUAUUAAAUGUCAGUACCAUGGGUCUCGAUUUCGAUGUGUUGGAAUUUUGUAGGAAGUUACGAACUUCCAAACAACCACCUUAUGAAUGCCCUCUUCCUGAAUGUGGUAGAGUUUACAAAAGUCUCUGUGGUUUGCAGUACCAUUUGGUGAAUUUCGACCAUAAUGCUUCAUCGCCGCAGACUUCCAUACCUACUCCUGGAAGGAAAAAAAGCCGGGGAUCUCAUAUCACUCGUACUCCAACAGCAACGUCGGAUUUGCUCACCACUCCAACAAGAGAGGGCCUCACAUAUGCAGAAGCUCAAAAAAUGGUUGAAUUUGAGGUCGACGGAAAAAUUAGUAGAGUUAGUAUCCAUGAACCACUACCGAUUUUAUCGAAGGAGGAAUACGAAGAAACAUUUGGAAAUAAUGAAGAUAUGUGUGGCACUCAUGGCACAAAUGAUGGGAGAACUAGCACUGCAGAAGAAAAAGUAAAACUACCAGAACCAUGUUUCACAGUUCUUGAUAACUACAACAUAAGUGAUGCACCACCACGACCAAAUUCGUACAUCAGGUUCAUUGAGCGAUCAGCAGAAGAGAUGGAUGCAGAAGUAGAGUAUGACAUGGAUGAAGAAGACUGUGCAUGGCUUAGUAUCAUUAAUGAGAGACGAGCAGCUGCUGGGCUUACAGAUGUGCCUGUUGAUACAUUUGAGUUGCUAAUGGAUCGUUUGGAAAAGGAAUCCUAUUUCCAAAGCAAUGGAAAAACUGGAGAAGGUGCACCACCUGUAGUCAUUGAUGACGACGCUGUCUGUUGCAUAUGUAUGGAUGGUGAAUGCCAGAACUCCAAUGUGAUACUGUUCUGUGAUAUGUGCAACCUCGCUGUCCAUCAGGAUUGUUAUGGAGUACCAUACAUUCCUGAAGGACAGUGGCUCUGCAGACGGUGUUUGCAAUCUCCAUCGCGAGCUGUCGAUUGUGUGCUAUGCCCUAACAAUGGGGGAGCAUUUAAGCAGACAGAUCGUGGACACUGGGCACAUGUUGUCUGUGCGCUGUGGAUUCCUGAAGUUCGAUUUGCAAACACGGUUUUCCUGGAACCAAUUGACAGCAUUGAGACAAUUCCACCUGCACGAUGGAAAUUAACUUGUUAUAUCUGCAAGCAGCGUGGUGUUGGUGCAUGCAUCCAGUGCCACAAAACAAAUUGCUAUGCAGCAUUUCAUGUAACCUGUGCUCAACAGGCAGGCCUUUUUAUGAAAAUGGACACAGUACGUGACUCUAACACAGGUGCUAUUGAACCUGGUCCUGUGCUGGUACAAAAGACAGCCUAUUGUGAUGCACAUACACCAGCAGAAGCUGAAAGACCUCGCAGUCAAGCUGCAUCAUCUACACCUCAAAGUACCAAUGGUGGUGGUAGUGGUGGUGCCAGUGGUGGUGGUGGCACUGGUGGUGGUGGUGAUGACGAUGAAAAUCAGAAAAUGAAAAAGGCACGAAGAAUGCUUGCCAAGAAGCGGAGCUCUGUUCCUGUUAUUUCAAUUCCAACAAUACCUCCUGAGAGGAUACAGGAGAUAGCAUCACUGGUCAACAUACCAAAAAAGAACCAGUUGAUACAGCGUCUAAUAGCGUAUUGGACGCUCAAACGGCAGUACCGCAAUGGUGUACCGCUACUGCGGCGACUGCAGAGUUCACACCUAGCACGACGAGACGAUCCUCGUCCCUUGCAGGAGGUGGUGAGUGAUGCCGGUGAACUUUAUCGACAAUUGAAGUUUUGGCAGUGCCUUCGCCAAGAUUUGGAACGAGCUCGUCUCCUCUGUGAACUGGUGCGCAAACGAGAGAAGCUCAAAAAAGAACUAUGCAAAUUGAAGGAACACUGUCUGCGGAUGGAACUAUGUCCUCGGGAAUGCUUCAUGAUAGGUCUUAUAGAUCUAUUACAGACGAAAGACACUGGUGAAAUAUUCUCAGAGCCUGUUGACCAGACAGAAGUUGUGGACUACAGUGAUGUUGUUAAGCAGCCAAUGGAUUUAUCAACAAUGCGUGUCAAGGCAGCAAACUUUGAAUAUCAAGACCUUGAUUCACUAGAAGCGGACUUCCUACUGAUGAUAAACAACUGCAUGGCAUAUAAUGCUCGUGACACCGUAUUUUAUCGGGCUGCACUCCGUAUGCGAGAGCAAGGUGGAGCACUUAUACGGCAGGCCCGCUAUGAUAUGGAGGUGCUAAAAUUUGAUCCAGUCACAGGAUUGCUUAUACCACCAGAUGAAUCUCCUGUAAAGACUCAGCAUGCUGAAUCUGAUAUUGACCGUGAACUUGCUGACAUCACAAGCAAAGUGGAAGUUGGGGGCCGAGAAGCUUUAGCACGUUUACUGGAACUUCAAGUUCGAUGCCAGGAUUUAAAACUUGGUCCAGCUCGUGCAAAACGAUUACGUCUCAUUCGUUCUGCUAUUACAAAGUUACGGCGGCGUAUCAAUGCAUCAGCAGUGACUGCUCGUUCUGAAGGAGAAGAUGGUUUUGAAUCAGACUCGGAACACGAGGACACGACGGAGGAGGAAGUGGAAGAUGUUGCAAAAAAAAAUAAGGAAACAAAUCCUUUGCAAGUGCGACCGCAGCCCAUACAGCAGACGCGACCUUCGACUCGCCGCUCUAUAUCACAGCAGAGUGGAAGUCAUCAGGCUGCAGAGCAAGCACCUGCACCAGCACCUGCUGCAAGACCAUCUGCUUCCACUGCCUCCACCCCUGCAGCGUCUACAACACCAGUUUUGUCUACCUCCAACGCUCAGACCGGAGAUGCAGAAUCAAGUGAUGAACCUAUUCAACCUGCUGUUUCCUUACCACAACCUGCGAGACGGGGUCGACGCAGGAGAAGGCCUGGCCGCCGCCCUAAUCGUGAACGACACUCUGGAUUGGAAGGAAACUUUAGGCCACAGGAAGGCGGUAUUAGUGGAGGUGUGGCAGCUGGGGCUACCACUGCAACAACAGCAAAGGCUGCGAGCCAGAUACAGCAGCAGGCGCAGUCUGUGGUAACAGACACACAGCCUGUCAAAGACACAUCAAACAACACUCCUCCAGUAACUCCUGUGAAGAUGUCUACAUCAGACCAGUCGCAGAUGAGUGCAUCACCUUCUGGUGUGAAUCGUCGUACUGCUGUACUGUUCACCAGAAAAGCUGCAGCAGCUGCCUUCAGGAAACCAGACCCUCCAGGAGGAAGCAUUAGCAUGAGUGGGAGUGACAGCUCUAAUACCCCAGCUCCAGUACCUGCAAAGAGGAGGGUGGGACGUCCUCGAAAACAUGCAUUGCCUGGUACUUCUGGUGGUCCGUCAGGGAGCAACAGUGCACCAGCCGUGAUGACACCUGCUAGCACGUCCUCGUCCAUUGUCAGCCAGCAGCAGCAGAAUAGUCAACAGCCAUCCAGUAGCAACCGUUCAGAUAUUGCAUCUUCAGUGUCUGGCCUGCUGCUGGGAGUGGGUGCUGCAUCCUCUACAAGUGAUGCACCACUUUUACCUGCAACACCUCUGCCUGCAACAGAAAGUUUUCGUGUAUACCGCAGUGGUGGAGAUAUUCCACCUGAGACAGACGAUGAGACACAGUCUGAAUCCAGCUGUUGGAGCUGCACAUCAUCCGAUGAUGAGGAUGAUGACGAUGAUGAAGAUGCGGAAGGAAACAGCAGUUCGGGUGGUGGUGGUGGCGGAGGAGCCGGGGGUGGCAGUGGCGGAGGAGUCAGUGGCAGUAGUGCUGGCGGUGUUGGCAGCCGUGGUGGUGGCGGCAGUGGUGGUCCCAGCGCUGUAGGUGGAAAUAGUGGCAUCGGUGCUUCUGGUGGAGCAAUGAGGGCUGCUUACUCAUCAGGAGCAGACGAUGAUGCUGGUGACAACAGCACUGGUUCCAGCUUUGAACCCCUUGACCUUGUGUGGGCAAAGUGCCGUGGGUACCCUUGGUAUCCAGCUCUGAUUAUAAACCCAAAGAUGCCCAGGGCAGGUUACUUGCACAAUGGAGUUCCAAUACCUGCACCACCGCUUGAUGUGCUUGCUCUGGCAUCAAACUAUGAAGAACCUGUGUAUCUUGUACUCUUCUUUGACACAAAGCGCACAUGGCAGUGGUUGCCUAGAAAUAAACUGGAACCACUGGGUCUAACGCUUGAAAUGGAUCAAGCAAAAUUAACAGAAUCUCGCAAACCAGCCGACCGUAAAGCAGUACGUAAGGCUUAUGAUGAUGCAACACUGCAUCGUCGACAGGUAGCUUCUGGACUUGGACCUAAUGAGGAGGGCGUCUUCAUGCGAGAGAAUUGACACAUGCCACCAGCUGCUGGUUAGAUCAUUGGAGCCAGCACUAGUGACUUCAAUGCUGUGUUGUGAUGAACAGCAAAACUGCCAGUUGGCAGAGAUCUUGUCUUCCUAAGUAUGUUGAUGGGCACACAUACAAUUCAAACUUAAUAAGUGAUAACUUUGUAGAAAAACGAAUAUGUGUCUCAUUCAUUUUUAUGUGCUGCCACUGGACAGGCUGUAUAUGGCACAAUGAAUCAGGCACGUAGAGCUGCUCUUAAAGUACAUAUAUCUGCAUUCAUUGUUCUCCGUAUAUUUGAGAACUGUAAAAGGGGGUAUGUACAUAUUUUUCCUAGUUUUCUUUCCCCUUUCUGAUGCAUCAUCAGGAUUCUGUAAGUUUUACUGUUUCAGUGUCAGCUUUGUCCGUAUUAGUUUAAGUCCUAAGAAUAGUAUAUGUUGAUCUUUUAAUUUUUUCAGUAGUUUAACAUGAUGGACAAAAUGAAGUUUAAUUUUAGUAAUGUCAUGUCAUGUAGUAACAUGGCGCAUCAAACAGGUUGUCCGUAAGCUGAUAAGUUCAGACACUCUGUGACUUUUAAAACAAAUAUAAUGGUUUAGUCAUGUCAGCAUAUCUAUCUUGAGGUGUGUUUUAACAUUUACAUUGUUCAUUGACUGUAUUCAAGACAAAACACUUCUAUGCUUUCCUCCUGGUAAACCAUUUAAGUUUUUCCACAUGUGCUUCUCUCUCUGCCAGUUGUAUUAAUUUUCUUUACAGAACCAGUUGUUCAGAAAUGAGCACGUCUAAUGGCAAUGUAGCUUUUGAUUAUGUUGCUAUGUAGUGAAGUAUUGUAGCUGUCACUGUCCAUUUCAUAUUAAUCUACCAAUGAGGCUCAAGUACCUUAGGUUAUUCUGAGCAUGGACCAUGCAACAAAAUGCACAAACACCGAUAGUCUAGUCGCUGUAUAUUUUUAUUGUCGGAACCAAAUGCUUUUAAUAGAAAUCUAUCAGUUUGUGCUAGGUUGUACUGUUUGUAUGGUAGAAGUAUAUACCCUCAUUAUGUAUACAUCACUGUGUUCAGCAUUUGUAUCUCAAAGAGAAUACAUGCUUAAUGAAAUAAUAUAUGAUAACUGCAUUCCGUGGUUAAAGGACAACUACCCAUAUUAUCAGUGCAGCCAUUGGACUAUUUUUACGAAUAAAAUUGUUUUAAUGCAGAAUGCACAUUUCAUUCUUUAUUUCAAUCUGUGCAAAUGUUCUCAAGGAAUGCAAAAGUAAUAUUUGUAACUGUACUAUAAUAAACUUUCAUUGUAUUUUAGUAACAAGUUUUCUGGUAAAUUCUGUAUUUCUUCAGUGUUUUGGUGAACUGUUUAUUUCUUUCUUCAGAAUUGGAGGUACUCUAGACAAGACAUGCAGCAUCGUGUGAAAAAGUGUAGUGGACCAUAAAUCUGUUGAGCCAUAUAAAGAGCUUAACUGAAUGAUCACCCCCCCCCCCCCCCCCACACACACACACACACAAGAUGCCAAUCAUAUUGCUAUAAUGUGCAGCUUUUGUAGGUUUUCUACAAAUGUCUAUGAUGUCCAGAUAAGGUUCUUUAAAAUAUUAGCAUAUUAUAUGGCAUUUACUUGUUACUGUUUCUUCGAAGUUUUAGACUGUAACAGUAGUGAAUAUGUAUUAACAUAUUCACAAUAAUGAAUAAAUCACAUAUUAAAAUAGUCUGAGCAAUAAAUUAUGCUGGAGGGCCACAUGUAUGAUCUGGGGAAUAGUUCAUUUUGUACUGUUUGUCAUUAAGAUACUCAGCAAGUUGCAAACAAAAGGACCACUAUGAUGUGUAAUAGUUUUAUUAAAUAUGAGCACUGAGUGAAUGUGUUUCUAAUCAGCCAGAAUGUAACAGUUUUAUAGUCGAAGUGAAUUUAUCAUUGCCUAGUUUACCAAAAGGAUUACUUGAAGUGAUAUUAUAUUCUGUAUGAGUAUAGUAAUGUUGUGCAUGAUAAGUGGCUGAGCUUUCAGAGAUAUAUUUAAGAUGUACUAGAUAUAACAAUUUUGUAGAGUGUUUCUACCUGCAAACACCAAAUGCUUACAAUAUGGAAAUGAAACAUUCUCACUUAUCAGUGUAUUAUGUGACUACAUCUGUGAAUGAAUUAGUUAUAGUGAAAAUGGCAUAAGCGGCAAUGUGUUAUUUUGGUCACGUAAUGCUUCCUUCUCUACAAGAAUUUUAAAAAAAAGAAAAACAACCAUUUCAUCUUUGUUGUAACAGAGGAACAAUAUUUUUAAAGCAUUUAGAGUAAUAAAAAUCUCUCUAUUUCAAAUUCUUAGUUCUAAAGAAUAAUGCUGUCCCUACCACAGUCUGCUGUUACUUCAAUAUGCUGAAAAAUGUUAUAUUCAAAUAUUUGAAAUUGUUGUGUGGGCUCUGAUGAAGAACCCAAGUUCAGUUGUUGAUCUGUGCGAAUUGAUGUGCAAAAUACUUCCUCUGUAAGGUGAGUUGUUUUUUGCCUGUACCAUUUUUUUAUACUCAAGGCUUCUGUGCUUAAAUUAUUCAUGAUGAUAAAUUAAUUUACAGAACAUCUGGAGUCACAUUCACCUAUCAUAUUUGAUUGCGGAUGUUUAGUAUUGUCAAAUGCUUAUUUUUGUUCUUUGAUUGUUUUGGAGUAAAAUUGAAUUAUGAUAUGAUAUUAAAUGCCUGUGCUAGAAAAAAUUUAUUGAUAUUAACAACAGUUAUAUA